CACAACUAUUGGUAGAAUAACACAAAGACAUACAAGCUUUAUAUUUAAAAUUAUAAAAAAUACAUUGUAGGCUAAAACUUCUGCAUUGGUUUUUCAAUCUGGUUGUUUAAAUUUUGUAAAUCACUUGGCGUUUAGUGAGAAAUGAAUGACAAAACCGAAAGUAUCAUUUCCAUACAGGGAUUUUUCAGAGGAAUGUGUUUGGCUCCUCCCACUAAAGGAGAGUCUGUGUUUGGCUCCUCCUACUAAAGGACAGUCUGUAUUUGGCUCCUCCCACUAAAGGAGGAGUCUUGUCUUCUUUUACUGUCUAUGGUCUCUGCAGGAAUGGUCAGUAUAGAGUUCCGGGGGAUGACGUAGUUACGUGACAGGAAACCGUGCGCACCGCCAUUUUGGCAGUACUCGGCAGAUUGGCAGACUGUUGGAGGUGAAGGUGGCUAAACAUGGUCGAUAACUGUUGUGCACCAGGUUGCACAAAUAAAUGAGGGAAAAAGAAAGGUAUGUCGUUUUACUGCAUUCCUAAAGAUGCGGAGAGGCGAGCUAAGUGGAUCAGCGCUAUUAAAAGAGCCAGAAGCAAGCAAAACAAGACUGAAAGAUGGGACCCCCCAGCCGUUGGAUUCCGCUUGUGCAGCGAUUACUUCAUAUCAGGGAGAAAGAGUGAUAAUCCCUUGAGUCCUGACUUUGUUCCAUCUAUUUUCAAUUACGUUCCAUCUCCAGAGAACAGGAAAAGAAAAAUGAGACUGGAGGUUUUCAACAGACGACAGAAAGCAAAGCUACAGAAGAUAGAGCAGACAAAGCUAUCUGCGAAAGCCAUCCCUCCCAGAACAUCAACCAAUUGCAACAAGGAUCAUCCUGCAGACCAAACUCCCACCACAGAUCCUUUGAAGGAAUCUACCCAUGAAGAACCUGGAAAUGAUGUCCAGCCUGUUCUCCAUGAGGAUGAUCCAGCAACUCCACCAUGCAGCACUGAAACCUGUGGUAAACACAUCCAAUCUCUUGAGCAAGAAUGCCAAGCUCUGAGGACUGAAAAUAUGUUGUUGAAAGAAAAAAUGAAUAGGACUACACUAAAUGAAAUGAGCUUGCAUAACGAUGAUAAAAGGGUUAAUACUCUCACUGGUUUAUCAACAUAUUCAAUUCUCAUGACAAUUUUCAGAGAUGUAUAGUAACGAAGUAGAACUACUUCACUACUGUACUUAAGUACUAAA